UAGUCUCUCUUUGCCCCCCAAAAAAGAGUUUAACUUUUUUAAUAUGACAGACAUUUUGUCACUGCCUCCUGAAAUUCUCAAUCGGAUUCUGGAUUAUCUCCCACUCAGAGAAUUAUCAAGUGUUUGCUUGACGUGUAAGAAACUUCGGGACGUUGUCUAUGUUGACAGUGUUUGGCAAAAGAAAUGUAAACAAGAGUAUAACUUCAAAUCCAUAGAGGGCUGGAAUGUGAAUUACCGUACUUUAUACAGCAAAGUUUUACGUCCAUACGGCGAUUUAGUAGGCUUUUGGAGGAGAGAUUUCCGGUGUUAUGGAGGUUUACUGCAAGUCAAGUAUGACAAAGGAUGCAUCAAAGGACUGGAAGUACUGGCUCCAGCUAGUUCACGUGUAGAUAGACCACUACGGAAGAAGGACAUGUUUAUCAUAUCAAUCACGUCAUCAGAAACUGUGCAGGUUGUUUCUGUACAUAGUUUUCCAGAAAAAAAGGAAGAAGGAGAAGAGAGGGAUGAGGAAGAAGAAUUAGAAGAAGAAGGGAAAGAAGAAGAGCGGCCGUGCUUACUUCGUGUGGAGCAAGACGAAAUAGAAGGAAGAGUUCUAGAAUAUAAAGUUACAGAUGCAAAUUUUAUCCUUCAAAAAGAGGGUCUGAUCAACCACCCAGUGUUCAGGAGAUGGAUUUCUGAGGAAUUAGAAGACGAUCCAUACGCCGAAAUGUAUUUAAAUUGUGUACUUAGGAAGGGCGUGACGUAUUUGUUGUCAAGGCAAGAAUAUCGAUGGUUUCCCUUGGAGCUUCCAAGUAAAUACAGAGUUAACGUUCCUAUCCAACCCGGACUGUUCAAAGGUACAUACAGUGCCCACGGUAUCGAGAUACUAAGUCUGGACUACAACGACGACUUGACAGAAGUCACGGUCACAAAGAUCACGGGUGAUCCGAAUGUUCCGGCCUCGGAAAUAAGUCUUUUCGGUGACCUCACAUCUCCCUUAGUGUUAACAGCGGAGCAGCAGGAAAGUCUGGACUCUCUGACGGCGGUCCCGGAACAUCACGCGAUGGAGCAGUCGGGAUCUACGGUCAGACAGCCCUUUCGGAUUCCGGAACACUUCUCCGACCGAGAUAAUCGGUACAUUCCGGAAUUCUGUACUUUCAGAUGUCGUGCCAAAGGACGAAUCGCCGGACAUAGCUUUAUGACUCCGUGCUUCAGCAAAGGUCACUUUAUCGUUUUUGAUGAGAGUAAAUUCGGAAUGGUUUGGUUGGAACUGACGGCAUUCAAAUAUAACUUCAAAUCCAUCGAGGGUUGGAAUGUGAAUUACCGCAUCUUGUACAGCAAAGUUUUACGACGGUACGGCGAUUUAGUGGGCUUCUGGAGGAGAGAUUUCCAAUAUUAUGGAGGCUUACUGCAAAUCAAGUAUGAUAAAGGAUGCAUCAAAGGACUGGAAGUACUGGCUCCAGCUAGUUCACGUGUAGAUAGACCCUUACGGAAGAAGGACAUGUUUACCAUAUCAAUGACGUCAUCAGAAACUGUACAGAUUGUUUCUGUACACAAUUUUCCAGAAGAAGAUGAUAGCGAAGAAGGAAAAGAUGUACAACGGCCAUGUUUACUUCAUGUGGAGCAAGACGAAACGAAAGGAAGAGUUUUAGAAUAUAAAGUUACAGACAAAAAUUAUAUCCUUCACGUAGAGGAUCUGAACAACCAAUCAGUAUUAAGGAGAUGGCUUUAUGAGGAAUUGGAAUCCGACCAAAACGCCGCCUUAUAUUUAAAUUGUUUUCUCAGGAGAUGUGUUGCCUAUAUGACCUCAAGGCAUGAAUAUCGGUGGUCUCCCUUGGAGCUCCCAAGUAAAGACAGAGUUAACGUUCCUAUCCAGCCCGGACUGUUCAAAGGUACAUACAGUGCCCACGGUAUCGAGAUACUGAGUCUGGACUACAACGACGACAUGACAGAGGUCACGGUCAUAAAGAUUACGGGUGAUCCAAAUGUCCCAGCAACAAAAGUGAGCGUUUACGCUAACCUGACCUCCCCGCUUGUGUUGACAAUCGAGCAGCAAGAAAGUCUGGGCACUCUGGGGGCUGUCCCGGAACAUCAUGUGACUGAGCAGUCGGGGCCCGCGGUCAGGCAGCCCUUUCGAAUUCCGGAACACUUCUCCGACCGCGAUAUUUCGGACAUUCCGAAAUUCUGUAUUUUCAGAUGUCGUGCCAAAGGACAAAUCGCCGGACAUGGGUUUAAGAACCCAUCCUUCAGUGACGCUCACUUCGUUGUAUUUGAUGAGAGGAAAUUCGGAAUGGUUUGGCUGGACCUGAUGGCGUUUAGUAUGUACAUCAGAGUGGAUGAAGCAGACUUGAAAGAUUAAAUCUGUGUUUCAAUAAAAUGAGUUUAUAAUUCCGAGCUUUACACACCAGAGAAAUUUACCAACUGUAACCAUACUGUAUAUGUGCUAUAGCAUUGCUUUUUUAAAAUUAUUUUUAACUAUGUACUACUUUUCAAUAUUAAUUUAUUAAUAUUGAAUUGUUAACGUCAGAGAAACCUAAUUUAUUUAUAAGUAUACGGCAUUGAUUACAGAUUUAAAAUGAAUGAUUAUGAAUGUCAUAUUGUGUUGAGAUAAAAUGCAGAAUAAUAUUUAUAUAUUUAUCAAAAUUUGGAUUAAUUUA